AUGAGAAUGUGGAUACAGACCCGCCCCUCCUCAGUUCCCUAUAAGGGCUGAGGACCCAGGACUGCAGGUUCACUCAUCAUGAGGGCUUCCAUGAAACCGGGGACCUUCUUGCUGGCCUUCACUCUGCUCUGCACCCUCCUAGGUCUGGGGUGCCCACUGAGCUGUGAAGUGUGCAGGGGCUCCGGGCCCACGUGCAGCGGAAAAAUGAAGACUUGCGAGGCCGGCAAGGACGCAUGCGUGGUCGUCGUGGGGGAGUCCUGCACAAAGGGCCGCCACGCGGUGAACACCUACAAGGCCUGCAUGAAGUACAGCGACUGCUACUCGGGAUUCGUGUCCACCACGAUGGGCCCCAAGGACUACAUGGUGUCCAACACGCGUUGCUGCCAGAGCGACGGCUGCAACCAGGGCUCGGUGCCCCCUCCCCAGAACAAUCGUACGGAGAACGGCCUCCAGUGCCCGGCCUGCAUCGCGCCCUUUCAGGAGACAUGCCCCGGGACCCAGGCAGCCCGCUGCGUUGGCCAGGAAACCCACUGCGUCUACUUCGCUGGCAACGUGCAGGCCGGUCUCAUCACCCCCAAAUUUGCCACUCGGGGCUGUGCUACGGAGAGUGCCUGCUUCGCCAAGGCGGGGGCGCAGGUGCCUUCAGCCUCUUAUCUGUACUUCCUCCGCCGAGCAGACUGCCUUCCAGCCCGCCAGGCCCCUAGCAGGGCGGAGUAA